CCACUUAAGCCUUAGCAGCACACACUCGCACUCGCUAUAUCUAUCCUCAACUAGGGUUUCUCCGAAGUAACCAGACUCCAUUGACGCCAUGGCAACUCAAUACCUCUCUCGGUCUCUCCUCUCCAAGCCUUCCAAAACCCUAAACUCUAUUUUCUCUCGAUCCUUCUCUUCCGUCACAACCACCACUGCGAACUCUGUUGUGUCUCGCCCUUCCCUGUCUCUUCUACACCGCCUUCGCCCCCUGGCGUCUCUGCCCUCCUUUUCCUUCUCCAAUUCGCGACCUUUUGCAACCAGGACCACUAACUCUUCGCUGAACGACCCAAGCCCUAACUGGUCUAAUCGCCCACCCAAGGAGACGAUUCUGCUCGAUGGAUGCGAUUUUGAGCACUGGCUUGUGGUCAUGGAAAAGCCGGAAGGAGACCCAACUAGGGACGAGAUCAUCGAUAGCUAUAUUAAAACCCUAGCUGAGAUUGUUGGCAGUGAGGAAGAAGCAAGGAUGAAAAUUUACUCUGUUUCAACUAGAUGCUACUUUGCUUUUGGAGCACUUGUGUCUGAAGAGCUUUCUGAAAAGCUCAAAGGAUUACCAAAGGUUCGUUGGGUUCUUCCAGAUUCCUACCUGGAUGUUAAGAACAAAGAUUAUGGAGGGGAACCUUUCAUCGAUGGGAAGGCUGUUCCAUAUGACCCUAAGUAUCAUGAGGAGUGGAUAAGGAACAAUUCGCGAGCAAAUGAGAGGAACAGGCGCAAUGACAGACCUCGUAAUUUUGAUAGAUCAAGAAACUUUGAGAGGAGGCGGGAAAACAUGCAAAACCGAGAUUUCCAACACAGUGGUGGUGCUCCCACACCUAAUCAGGGUGGCAUGCCUAACAACCCUCCUAUGUCUAAUCACGGCAUGCAGAACCCUCCACCCAACAUAGGUGGCAUGCCUAACAACCCUCCGAUGCCUAAUCAGGGUAUGCAGUACUCUCCACCCAACAUAGGUGGCAUGCCUAACAGAGGAAUGCCACCAUCUAACAACAGCAUGAGUGGAGUGCCGCCGCCGCCACCACCACCACCUAACAUGAAUGGGAUGCCCCAGAACAAUAUAGGAGGUAUGCCACAAAACAAUUAUGGAGGAGGGCAGCCCAACAUGAGAGGUAUGCCGCAGAACAAUUAUGGAGUCCCACCGAACACGAGAGGAAUGCCACCAAACAAUAACAUGGGAGGAAUGCCGCCGAACAAUAACAUGGGAGCAAUGCCGCCGAACAGUAACAUUGGAGGAAUGCCGCCAAACAAUAACAUGGGAGGAGGAAUGCCGCCAAACAAUAACAUGGGAGGAGGAAUGCCGCCAAAUGCGGGGUGGUCUGGGAAUGUGCCUGGACAUGCUCAAAACUACCAAUAUGGCCCCAACAGUGGAGGCAUGCCUUAUCAAGGUUCAGCGCCAAAUGCAAGCUACCAAAACUACACUCCUAACAGGGAUUAAGAAGGCAUUGCCUAGUUGGAAGCCUAAUCCAGCUUCAAAAUUCCGAAGAAGUGAGUAAUAUGGCAAUGCUGUAUAUAAGCGAGGAUGACAUCAGAUUGUCUGGGAUGUGUGGUAUUAAUGUUUAAACUGUCUGGUUAGGUUGCAAUGUUCAUCUACGUUAUUUGCAUAGCACCCUGAGACUUGGUGUUGUUUUUAUUUAGUUAAAUUUGUUUACUUCAUCAAUAGAAUUUUGAAUGUGUCACCCAUUGUUGAUGAGAAUGCUUAGGUUCUGUCGGAAGAUGUCAAAGACCAAAUAAUUAUAAUUACUUUUUUGAGUCAGCUUUCGGUGCC